AUUAUCAUGAGUAGGCGAGGGAGCGAGCUCUCUCAGCGAAGGGACUUUGAGAGCUGGGCGAGAAAUCGGAGAGAAACGGAAGGCAACGCCGUCAAACGCCAACCCACCCCCCACCCCCCGCCCUUCCUUCUCUCUCACUCUCGUUCGUCGCCCGUCGGCGCCGCCAUUGCUCCGAGCUCGCUAAAUCCCUAGCUCUUAAGAUUUCCUUCGUUGUUGCACGUUAGUGUUUUUAGUGGUGGAUUGACAUGGAUCAGUAUGAGAAGGUGGAGAAGAUUGGGGAAGGGACCUAUGGCGUGGUGUAUAAGGCUCGGGAUCGUCUUACGAAUGAGAUGAUUGCAUUGAAGAAAAUCCGGCUGGAGCAAGAAGAUGAAGGAGUCCCAAGCACUGCUAUUAGAGAGAUAUCACUUUUGAAGGAAAUGCAGCAUAAUAAUAUUGUCAGGUUGCAAGAUGUAGUGCACAGUGAGAAGCGAAUAUACUUGGUCUUUGAGUAUUUGGACCUGGACUUGAAAAAGCAUAUGGAUUCUUGUCCAGAACUUGCUAAAGAUCCAUGCUUAAUAAAAACAUUUCUUUACCAGAUUCUCCAUGGUAUAGCAUACUGCCAUUCUCAUAGAGUUCUUCACCGAGAUCUGAAGCCUCAGAAUUUGCUUAUAGAUCGGCGCACUAAUGCCCUGAAGCUUGCGGACUUUGGACUAGCCAGGGCAUUUGGUAUCCCUGUCCGGACAUUUACUCAUGAGGUGGUAACACUGUGGUAUAGGGCACCAGAAAUUCUGCUAGGGUCUCGGCAUUACUCUACACCUGUUGAUAUUUGGUCGGUGGGCUGUAUUUUUGCUGAGAUGGUGAACCAACGGCCCCUGUUUCCUGGAGAUUCUGAGAUUGAUGAAUUGUUUAAGAUUUUCAGAGUUUUGGGUACUCCAAAUGAAGAAACUUGGCCGGGUGUUUCUUCCUUGCCUGACUACAAGUCUGCUUUCCCCAAGUGGCCUCCCAAGAAUCUAGCAAUGGUGGUCCCAAAUCUUGAACCAGCAGGGAUUGAUCUUCUCUCGAAAAUGCUUCGCUUGGAACCAAGCAGAAGAAUCACAGCUCGGAAUGCUCUGGACCAUGAGUACUUCCAGGAUCUCAGGGUGGUGCCAUAACCUGCAUUUCCUUCUUUUCUUCUGUAUAUUAUCUCAGGCAAGUCAUCAGAUGUGCUGCAACUUGUUGGUUUUGAGUCUGAUUUGUGUGUUUCCUUUGCCCCUUUUCUUUUUGACUCCACCUUGCAACUGGUUCUCGUUUGUGUAGAGCAGUGGAAACCUGAGCUGGGAACUGGGAUUGUCUUUAUUAAAAUUAAAUGCAAAAGCAUAAAAAGAAAAAAAUUGCGGCC